AUGCGUUCAGUUGUGGAAAUCGGGGCAAGUGUCCCCGCUUUUUUGGGAAAAUUGUGGAAAUUAGUAAAUGAUUCAGAAACGAAUCAUUUAAUAUCUUGGAGUCCAGGUGGAAAAACAUUUGUUAUAAAGAAUCAAGCUGAUUUCGCAAGAGAACUGUUACCACUUUAUUAUAAACACAACAAUAUGGCUAGUUUCAUCAGGCAAUUGAAUAUGUAUGGGUUUCAUAAAAUAACUUCAGUGGAAAAUGGAGGUUUGAGGUAUGAAAAGGAUGAAAUUGAAUUUUCACAUCCCUGUUUUAUGAGAGGACAUGCAUAUCUAUUGGAACAUAUAAAAAGAAAAAUUGCCAAUCCAAAGUCCAUAGUGGCGAGCAGUGAAAGUGGUGAGAAAAUUCUCUUGAAACCAGAAAUAAUGAACAAAGUGUUAGCUGAUGUAAAACAAAUGAAGGGGAAACAGGAGAGUCUGGACGCUAAGUUCAGCGCGAUGAAGCAAGAAAAUGAAGCAUUGUGGAGGGAAGUAGCAAUACUGCGUCAAAAACAUAUUAAACAACAACAAAUUGUUAACAAUCUCAUACAAUUCCUGAUGUCAUUGGUCCAACCAUCAAGAGCUCCCAGUUCCACUGGUAACAAUGUUGGAGUAAAGAGGCCAUAUCAAUUGAUGAUUAAUAAUGCGGCACACAACUGCGGUGAUAGCUCAUACCCUGGUAGGCUUAAGAAUAUUAAAAUUGACAAGGACAUUGCAUUGGAAGAUUUAAGUGAAGAAAACUUGGAGGAUGGGCCCACUAUACAUGAAUUGGCACAUGAUGACAUAUUGCACAAUGAAGCAUCUCAGGAUUCAUUGGACGAUAACUUUGUGUCGGUUGAUUUAGCAAACAACCCACUUAUUGCCAACUCACACAAUAACUCUGACCCAACAACAUCCUCUCGGUACCAUGUAACAAUGGAAGACGGUGAAGAUCUGGAAACUGAUCGUUCAAGAUUAUCGUUGCCUAUAGUCAAUUCCAAUGGUUUAUGGAAACGCGACACCAGCCCAUAG